UCUUUAAUUUCCAUGAUUGAUGAUUCAGUUCAUGAGGGGAAUUACUUCAUUAAUUCAAAGAUUUUAACAUUUCAUUCGUUUGUACGAAACCUGUAAAUCGUUUUACAGCAAUGAAUGAAGAUAUACAAAAAGAUUUCCCUCCAAUGAAAAAUGAUUUAAUACUUCGCACAGCCAGAGGAGAGAAAGUUGAACGUGUCCCAGUAUGGAUUAUGAGACAGGCCGGACGUUAUCUACCUGAGUUCCUCAAGUUUAAAGAAGAACACGGCAAUAACUUCUUUCAUAUUGUUCAAACACCAAAGCUUGCCUGUGAAAUCACACUUCAGCCUAUAAGACGGUUUGAAUUGGAUGCUGCUAUUAUAUUUUCGGAUAUUUUAGUAAUUCCCCAGGCACUUGGAAUGACAUGUGAAAUGGUGAAGGGUAAAGGACCUCAUUUCCCAGAGCCUUUGAGAGAACCUGACGAUCUCAAGAAACUAAAGAAGGAAGUAGUAAUUGAAGAGACAUUAAGUUAUGUCAUGGACGCAAUUACAUUGACAAGGCAUAAUCUAGAAGGGAAAGUACCUUUGAUUGGAUUUUCGGGAGCACCAUGGACAUUAAUGGCUUACAUGAUCGAAGGUGGCGGUAGUAAGACAAUGUCAAUUGCUAAGAAAUGGUUAUAUAAACACAGUGAAGCUACAUCAUUGUUACUACAGAAACUGACAGAUGUCAUUGUUGAUUAUCUUGUUGCCCAAGUGCGGGCUGGCGCACAGAUGCUUCAAGUAUUCGAAUCACACGCAGGAUGCCUCAGUCCUUACUUGUUUAAACUUUAUGCUUUUCCCCAUCUUGAAGAAAUUGCUGCUAAAGUAAAAGAGCGUCUUGGAAAAGAUGCUGUGCCUAUGGUUGUGUUUGCAAAAGGGGCAAGUUAUGCCAUUAGAGAACUUUCACAAAGUAGUUAUGACGUAAUUGGAUUAGAUUGGACCGUUCCUGUGGAGAAUGCAAGGUUACAGGCACCAAACUGUGUUCUGCAAGGCAAUCUUGACCCUUGUGGGUUAUAUGCCAACAAGGAUGACUUGAUUAGAGCAACAAAAAGCAUGGUUCGUUCAUUUGGUACGAAUAAAUACAUCGCAAACCUUGGUCAUGGGAUAUAUCCGGAUAUGGAACCGGAGAAAGUAAAAAUAUUUAUUGAUACAGUUCAUUCCUAUUCAGAAACACUAAAAAACAACAGACAUGAUAAAAAUGAUGUAUGAAUAAUCUGUUUGCAUAUUAAAUUCUUCUACACCUUAGUCUUAGAACA